AUGCCAGGCAGGCUAGCACCGAAGCAGCUUCAGAUGCGCCUUCGGUUGCUGAAACGUACGUACGGCAAGCAACUGGCGCGUUUCCCCCGUGCUUCUUAUACAUACAUCGGCCUCAUUCAAAUGCAGCCGAUUUCGCCCGAAUUCGCCUACUCGUUCCAACCGAAGCCGAACGCGCGGCGUUACAUCUUUAGCGAUGACUCCGCGGCUGAUGUACGGCAACAGGCUGGAAAGCCCGAGGGGAAGCUGGGGAGCUACUACCUGCAACUAUAUCAAGAAUUAUUUGCGCUGUUGGGCCUGUGAAUAGUGGCGACGUAUUUCUAGACCAGGGGUUGGAAACGUUGCCGCCCAGUUCGCUCUUCAGAUGCUGACGGCAGGGCUUGGGCAUUGAGAAGCGGGUGGAAAUUCUGCGUAGAGCAUCGGAGUGCUUACGUUCUCACGCUCCACGUCUGUUACUACGAUACAAAGUGCAAGUGCUACAUGGCGACGUUUUGGACACUCCCAUUUUUUUACGUGCUUACCCUUUCAAGAAUCUUCGAUCUUUUACCUCAACGAAUUUUUGUUUGAAGAGGCAGCGAAGGUUGUGGUAUUGGAGGAGCUCAGCGAUAUGAGAAGGGCAUCUGAUUAUUAUACGUCGCGGUAUUGCCCACGCCGUCGCGUGUCCUGCCGAAGCAUGUUUUGUUUGAAUUGGGAGCGUAAGGAGAUCUUGAACGGGUGGGCUAGCUGUAAAGCAACUCUGGAGCCCAUAUAUAUGUACC